GCGGUGCGGCGGCUGUGGACGAGUACCUGGAGUACCGGAGAAUUGUCGGUGAGGAUGAUGGAGGGAAACUUUUUACUCCUGAAGAAUACGAAGAAUACAAAAGAAAAGUCUUACCUAUGCGCUUACAGAACAGAUUAUUAGUGAGCUGGCGAUCACCAACUGGAGUGGAUUGUAAACUUGUGGGUCCAGAGACACUGUGUUUUUGUACACAUAGGUAUAAGCAGCAUAAAACGGAUUUUGAAGCGAUUCCUCAGCAGCGCCCCAUCAGUCUGCCUUGCAGAGUGACUGGCUGCCCCUGCAGGGCUUACCUCUACGUGCCUCUGAACGGCGCGCAGCCCGUUCGCUGCCGCUGCAAGCACUUUGCCGAUCAGCACAGCGCUGCGCCUGGCUUUACCUGCAAUGCCUGUUCUAAGUGUUCAGGAUUUCAUAGCUGCUUCACUUGUGCUUGUGGUCAGCCUGCAUAUGCCCAUGACACAGUAGUGGAAACUAAGCAAGAAAGACUGGCUCAGGGAAAGCCAGUGGGACGAGAUGUUCCUUAUGCAGCAAUGGGAGGAUUAACUGGCUUCAGCUCACUGGCAGAAGGCUACAUGCGAUUAGAUGACAGUGGAAUUGGUGCCCCUUCAAUUGAACUUUUAGACUCUCCAAUUGCAGCCACGGACCAUCCGUUUCUCAGAGUGUUUCAGGCAUCAUCUAGCUCUUCUCCAGAAACACUAACAGAUGUAGGUACAAGUAGUCAAGUUUCUUCCUUAAGUAAACCUGAAGAGGAUGAUAUGGCUUUCUUUGAAAGACGGUACCAGGAAAGGAUAAAAAUGGAAAAGGCUGCUAAGCAGAAAGGAAAAGCAUUGCCAUCAACUACAAAACCUUCAUGAAGACUACCGGGGAAAUUAAAACAUAUCGUCCAAAUGUGUCUUUUUUUGUUAAUUAUUUAAAUAUAAUAAUGCAGUUUAUUUUCCUUCAAAUUAUUUACUUCUUUUAUUGUGUAAAAAUGUCUUUUUGGAUGUUCCCUUAAUUUAUUUAAAUUAGUGAAAAUACCUUGUAUCACUUUUGUCAAAAUUCACGAUUUACUACUUUGUAUAAACUUUUCCUCUCUCCUAACAAACAUGGUUAUUUUCAUGUUAGUCAAAACUUUAAAGUACAGUAAAUGUUUUUAGUUUAUAAUAAUUUAACUUUUUUAGGCUAUUAAAAAUUAAAUAUAUUGAGAGUUUUGAACAAAUAUAUAAGUAUUUCAUUCAAAACAGUUAAAAUCCUUAAUUGUUUGAUUUUUCAAACUUUGUAAUGUUGAUUUAUGUUUUAAAAUAAAAAACUGUAUUUUAAAAUUAUUUAAUCAUCUUCCAGUGGUAUCUAAUGAUAAAAUUUUAAGUUGUUUUGUUAAACUCUGCAUUGUAUAUAAGUGUAUUGACAUCUCCUGUGUGCCACUUCAAGUUCUCUUGGCCCACUUCUUACUCUACUACUGCUAUGAAACACUUCCAGGCAGACUUCUGACAGCUUCAUAUGGAAGCCAUUUGAUGGCACUUUGUCUUGGGACCAUGUCAUUACUGUCUUGCUUUCUUCUCUAGGGAUCCUCUGACACAGUGGAUGUCACUUGGGAUGCCCACUGGAACCCCUCUGCAUCAAACAUGUAUGAAAUAUAUGGGUGGGUUAAUGACUUGGGACCAGCCUUGACUAUUAGGGAGGUGGAAGCCGAUAGAUAAAUACUCCCCUUCUAUCUGCUAGGAGGACAGUUCUGAGAUGCCUUUCAUAAGCUUCCUCAGAAAAUCCUGUGGGAUUGAGCACUAGUCACCCAUUGCAGUGGUAAACCCCAUAAUCCUUAUGUUAGCUUUCUCUUUUUCUGCUUUCCACUCCUUGAUCCCUGUCUCUGGUUCCGUAAGAUCACUUCCCAAAU